GAAUGUUCAUUGAGAAGGAGGAUUCAAACUUCCGGUUCUGUCAUGGGGAUAUUGUGGUGUGUCUGAUAAAAGAAAGAAAAAAUAACCCCAUCAACAUCGGAAUUUGAGGAUUAACUGGUUGAAAAUAGCAAAGGAAUCAUUAUUUAUACGGAUAAUUCAAGUGGCCCAUCGCGGCUCGCACCCGGCCGGCUAUGGCGGCGCAUAAACCCGUGGAAUGGGUUCAGGCCGUAAUUAGUAGAUUCGACGAGCAGCUUCCAGUCAAAGUAGGCCAACAGAACACUCACACCAAAGUCAGCACAGAGCACAACAAGGACUGUCUGAUACACAUCUCCAAGUACAAGUUCUCACUGGUCAUCAGUGGCCUCACGAACAUCCUGAAGAAUGUGAACAACAUGCGAAUAUUUGGGGAGGCUGCGGAGAAGAACCUGUAUCUCUCUCAGCUCAUCAUCCUGGACACACUGGAGAAGUGCCUUGCUGGGCAACCGAAGGACUGCAUGCGUCUGGAUGAGACUAUGCUGGUGAAACAGCUGCUGCCAGAGAUCUGUCAUUUCAUCCACACGUACCGCGAGGGCCACCAGCAUGCCGCCGAGCUACGUAGCUCCGCCUCCGGGGUCCUCUUCUCCCUCAGCUGCAACAACUUCAACGCUGUGUUCAGCCGCAUCUCCACCAGGUUGCAGGAGCUCACUUUGUGUUCGGAGGACACAGUGGAUGUCCAUGACAUCGAGCUCAUCCAGUACAUUAAUGUGGACUGUGCCAAGCUAAAGAAACUGCUACAAGAGACGGUGUUUAAAUUCAAAGCCCUCAAAAAGCCUGCCCAGCUAAGUGUCAUCAACAGCUUAGAGAAGGCCUUCUGGAACUGGGUGGAGAACUACCCUGAUGAGUUCACUAUGCUGUACCAGAGGCCACAGACAGACAUGGCUGACUGUGCAGAGAAGCUGUUUGACCUGGUGGACAGUUUUGCUGAGAGUGCCAAGAGGAAGGCAGCCGUGUGGCCACUGCAGAUCAUCCUCCUCAUCCUCUGUCCCGACAUCACACAGGACAUCUCCAGAGAGACUGUAGAGGACACCAAGGUCAACAAGAAACUGUUCCUGGAGAACCUGAGGAAGGCCCUGGCCGGCCAUGGGGGCAGUAAACAGCUGACUGAGAGUGCUGCCAUCGCCUGUGUCAAACUCUGCAAGGCCUCCACCUACAUCAACUGGGAGGACCACUCUGUCAUCUUUCUCCUGGUGCAGUCCAUCGUAGUGGACCUUAAGGCCCUGCUCUUCAACCCAGCCAAGCCUUUCUCCAGAGGGGCGGGAAGCCAGAACGCAGACGUGGACCUCAUGAUCGACUGCUUUGUCUCUUGUUUCCGCAUCAAUCCCCACAACAACCAGCAUUUUAAGGUCUGCCUGGCGUCAUCCUCCCCUCCCACCUUCCACUUCGUCCUGGUCAACUCCCUACACAGAAUCAUCACCAAUUCUCCAUUGGACUGGUGGCCUAAGAUUGAUGCGGUGUACUGCUACUCAGGGGAGCUGAGGAUCAUGGUUUCUGAGACGCUGGGCCACGUGAUGAGGGGCUGCAGUACGCACGCUCCCCUCCGCAUGACUCCGAGUCUGACCUUCAAGGAGAAGAUGACCAGUUUGAAGUUCAAGGAGAAGACCACAGACCUGGACACGCGUAGCCACAAGUACCUUCUGCUGGCUCUCGUCAAGCUCAUCCAUGCUGACCCCAAACUCAUGCUACAUAACCCAGGUAAGCAGGGUCAGGAGAUCCAGAGCAGUACAGCAGAGCUGAUCACCGGCUUGGUGCAGCUGGUGCCUCUGGCCAACAUGGGAGAGUGUUCACAGGAGGCCAUGGAGGCCCUCUUGGUCCUGCAUCAACCUGAGGCCAUAGAGCUGUGGAACCCAGAUGCUCCCAUUGAAACCUUCUGGGACAUCAGUUCCCAGGUGCUCUUCUUCAUCUGUAAGAAGCUUGUUGGCCACCAGAUGAUCAACAGUACAGAGAUCCUUAAGUGGCUGAGGGAGAUCCUCAUCUGCAGGAACAAGUUCCUCCUCAGGAACAAGGAGCGGGCCACGGUGGGCAGCGGUAUCCCCAUCUGUAGACAGGCCCAGACCAAACUGGAGGUGUGUCUCUACAUGUUCCUGUGGAGCCCUGACAUGGAGGCCGUUUUGGUGGCCAUGUCCUGCUUCAGACACCUCUGUGAGGAGGCUGAGGUCCGCUGUGGAGUGGACGAGGUCCCGGUCCAGACCAUCCUGCCCAACUACAACACCUUCAUCGAGUUUGCCUCCGUCAGCAACAUGAUGUCCACAGGCCGGUUAGCCCUGCAGAAGAGAGUGAUGGCUCUGUUGAGGAGGAUCGAACAUCCUACUGCAGGAAACACAGAAGCAUGGGAAGACACGCAUGCAAAAUGGGAGCAGGCGACCAAAUUAAUCCUCACCCAUCCCAAAACUAAGCUAGAGGAUGGCCAGGAGUGGAUCAACAUGACGGGCUUCCUGUGUGCUCUGGGAGGUGUGUGUCUGCAGCAGCGCAGCGCCCCAGGCCUGGCCACCUACAGCCCCCCCAUGGGGCCUCUCAGUGAGAGGAAGGGCUCCAUGAUUUCCAUGGGCUCCUGUGAGGGGAACACGGAGACGCCCCUGGGCCGCUUCCUGGACCGCCUGCUGUCCCUCAUGGUUUGCAGCCAUGAAAAGGGUGUUCAGAUCCGGACCAAUGUUAAGGAUCUGGUGGGCCUGGAGCUCAGCCCAGCUCUUUACCCCAUGCUCUUCAACAAACUGAAGAACAGCAUCAGCCGCUUCUUUGACGCACAGGGGCCGGUUCCCAUCAAUGACACUAACACCCAGUUUGUGGAGCAGACCAUCGCCAUCAUGAAGAACCUACUGGACAACCACACUGAGGGCAGCUCAGAGCACCUGGGACAGGCCAGCAUAGAGACCAUGAUGCUCAACCUGGUCAGGUACGUGCGUAUCCUGGGCAACAUGGUGCAUGCCAUCCAGAUGAAGACCAAGCUGUGUCAGCUGGUGGAGGUGAUGAUGGAGAGACGAGACGACCUGUCCUUCUGCCAGGAGAUGAAGUUCAGGAAUAAGAUGGUGGAGUACUUAACAGACUGGGUUAUGGGCACCUCAAACCAGGCGGCUGAUGAUGAUGUCAAGUGUCUUACCAGGGACCUGGACCAGGCCAGUAUGGAGGCGGUGGUGUCUCUGCUAGCUGGCCUGCCCCUGCAGCCUGAGGAGGGAGACGGAGUGGAACUGAUGGAGGCCAAGUCCCAGCUCUUCCUCAAGUACUUCACCCUGUUCAUGAACCUGCUGAAUGACUGCAGUGAGGUGGAGGAUGAUGGGCAGCAGGUGGCAGGGAGGAAGAGGGGUAUGUCUCGACGUCUGGCCUCCCUCAGACACUGCACCGUACUGGCCAUGUCCAACCUUCUCAACGCCAACGUGGACAGUGGCCUCAUGCACUCGAUUGGUCUGGGCUACCAUAAGGACCUGCAGACGCGGGCUACCUUCAUGGAGGUGCUGACUAAGAUCCUGCAGCAGGGGACAGAGUUUGACACACUGGCAGAGACGGUGCUUGCUGACCGGUUUGAGAGGCUGGUGGAGCUGGUCACCAUGAUGGGAGACCAGGGAGAGCUGCCUAUUGCCAUGGCUCUGGCCAACGUAGUGCCCUGCUCCCAAUGGGAUGAGCUGGCGCGGGUGCUGGUGACUCUGUUUGACUCACGCCACCUCCUCUACCAGCUGCUGUGGAACAUGUUCUCCAAGGAGGUGGAGCUUGCUGACUCCAUGCAGACACUUUUCAGAGGAAACAGUCUGGCCAGUAAAAUCAUGACCUUCUGCUUUAAGGUGUAUGGGGCCACAUACCUGCAGAAGCUUCUCGAGCCUCUUCUCAGAGGGGUUAUCACCGCCCCAGAGUGGCAGCUCAUCAGCUUCGAGGUGGACCCCACCAGGCUGGAGCAGAGUGAGAUCCUGGAGGAGAACCAGAGGAACCUGCUGCAGAUCACCAACCGCUUCUUCCUGGCCAUCAUCAACUCCUCCACAGAGUUCCCCCCUCAGCUACGCAGUGUCUGUCACUGCCUGUUCCAGGCAACUUGCCACUCUCUACUGAAUAAAGCCACAGUUAAAGAGAAAAAGGAAAGCAAAAAAGCAGUGGUCAGCCAGCGUUUCCCCCAGAACAGCAUAGGGGCGGUGGGCAGUGCCAUGUUCCUCCGUUUCAUCAACCCUGCCAUAGUGUCUCCCUAUGAGGCAGGCAUCCUGGAUAAGAAACCUCCUCCCAGGAUUGAGAGGGGCCUUAAACUCAUGUCCAAGAUCCAGCAGAGCAUUGCCAACCAUGUUGUAUUCACUAAAGAGGAGCACAUGAGGCCUUUUAAUGACUUUGUCAAAAGCAACUUUGAUGCAGCUAGAAGGUUUUUCCUGGACAUCGCAUCAGACUGCCCUGCCAGUGACUCAGUCAACCACAGCCUGUCCUUCAUCAGUGAUGGCAACGUUCUGGCCCUGCACCGGCUGCUGUGGAACAACCAGGAAAAGAUAGGACAGUACCUCUCUAGCAACAGGGAUCAUAAAGCAGUGGGAAGACGGCCUUUUGACAAGAUGGCCACCCUCCUGGCCUACCUGGGGCCCCCAGAGCACAAACCUGUGGCUGACACCCACUGGUCCAGCCUCAACCUCACCAGCUCCAAGUUCGAGGAGUUUAUGACAAGACACCAGGUACAUGAGAAAGAUGAGUUCAAAGCCCUGAAGACCCUCAACAUCUUCUACCAGGCUGGCACCUCCAAGAACGGCAACCCUGUCUUCUACUACAUCACACGCAGAUUUAAGACUGGCCAGAUCAACGGUGAUCUCCUCAUCUACCACGUGCUGCUGACCCUGAAGCCCUACUACGCCAAGCCCUAUGAGAUCGUCGUGGACCUGACCCACGCCGGACCCAGCAACCGCUUCAAGACCGACUUCCUGUCCAAGUGGUUCGUGGUGUUCCCGGGCUUCGCCUACGAGAAUGUGGCGGCCAUCUACAUCUACAACUGCAACACGUGGGUGAGGGAGUACACCAAGUAUCACGAGAGGUUGCUGACAGGCCUAAAGGGGAGCAAGAAGCUGCUCUUCAUUGACUCCCCAGCGCGGCUAGCGGAGCACGUGGAGCCUGACCAGCAGAAGCUGCCGGCGGCCACACUAGCCCUGGAGGAGGACCUCAAGGUGUUCCACAACGCCCUCAAACUGGCCCACAAGGAUACCAAGGUCUCCAUCAAGGUGGGUUCCACAGCGGUCCAGGUGACGUCAGCAGAGCGGACCCGGGUCCUGGGCCAGUCGGUCUUCCUGAAUGACAUCUACUACGCCUCGGAGAUUGAGGAGAUCUGCCUGGUGGACGAGAACCAGUUCACCCUGACCAUUGCCAACCAGGGCACACCGCUCACCUUCAUGCACCAGGAGUGUGAGGCCAUCGUCCACUCCAUCAUCCACAUCAGGACGCGCUGGGAGCUGUCCCAGCCAGACUCCAUCCCCCAGCACACCAAGAUCAGGCCCAAAGACGUGCCAGGCACCCUGCUCAACAUCGCCCUGCUCAACCUGGGCAGCUCUGACCCCAGCCUCAGGUCUGCAGCCUACAACCUGCUGUGUGCCUUAACCUGCACCUUCAACCUGAAGAUAGAAGGCCAGUUGCUGGAGACCUCAGGGCUGUGUAUCCCUGCCAACAACACGCUUUUCAUAGUGUCCAUCAGCAAGACGCUGGCUGCCAACGAACCCCACCUCACCCUGGAGUUCCUGGAGGAGUGCAUCUCUGGCUUCAGCAAAUCCAGUAUUGAGCUGAAGCACCUGUGUCUGGAGUACAUGACCCCCUGGCUGCUCAACCUGGUGAGGUUCUGUAAGCACAACGACGACGCCAAGCGCCAGCGGGUCACUGCCAUCCUGGACAAGCUCAUCACCAUGACCAUCAACGAGAAGCAGAUGUACCCCUCUAUCCAGGCUAAGAUCUGGGGUAGUCUGGGACAGAUAACGGACCUGUUGGACGUGGUGUUGGACAGCUUCAUCAAGACCAGCGCUACAGGGGGCCUGGGAUCCAUCAAGGCGGAGGUGAUGGCUGACACGGCUGUGGCUCUGGCCUCAGGGAACGUCAAGUUGGUGUCCAGCAAGGUGAUCAUCCGCAUGUGUAAGAUCAUCGAUAAGACGUGUCUGUCUCCCACGCCCACCCUGGAGCAGCACCUGAUGUGGGAUGACAUCGCCAUUCUGGCCCGUUACAUGCUCAUGCUGUCCUUCAACAACUCUCUGGACGUGGCCACUCACCUACCCUACCUGUUCCACGUGGUCACACUACUGGUGGCCACCGGUCCCCUGUCCCUACGAGCCUCCACACACGGCUUGGUCAUCAACAUAAUCCACUCCCUCUGUACCUGCGCCCAGCUCAACUUCAGCGAGGAGACCAAGCAGGUCCUGAGGCUGAGCCUGACAGAGUUCUCCCUGCCUAAGUUCUACCUGCUGUUUGGCAUCAGUAAGGUCAAGUCUGCUGCGGUCAUCGCCUUCCGCUCCAGCUACCGCGACCGCUCCUUCUCCCCCGGGUCCUACGAGAGGGAGACCUUCGCCCUCUCCUCCCUGGAGACAGUCACGGAGGCCCUGCUGGAGAUCAUGGAGGCCUGUAUGAGGGACAUUCCUAGCUGUAAGUGGCUGGACCAGUGGACAGAGCUCGCUCAGAGGUUUGCGUUCCAGUACAACCCGUCCCUGCAGCCCAGAGCUCUGGUGGUGUUUGGGUGCAUCAGUAAGAGGGUGACCCACGGCCAGAUCAAACAGAUCAUCAGGAUCCUCAGCAAGGCCAGCCCCCUGCUCAGCAUAGACCGGGGUCUGGAGAGCUGUCUAAAGGGACCUGAUAACUACAACAGCCAGGUGUUAAUAGAAGCCACAGUCAUUGCUCUCACCAAGCUGCAGCCGCUCCUCAACAAGGACUCCCCCAUGCACAAGGCUCUGUUCUGGGUGGCCGUGGCUGUGCUCCAGCUGGACGAGGUCAACCUCUACUCUGCCGGCACCGCUCUGCUGGAGCAGAACCUCCACACGCUGGACAGCCUCAGGGUCUUCAAUGACAAGAGUCCAGAGGAGGUGUUUAUGGAGAUCAGGAAGCCUCUGGAGUGGCACUGUAAACAGAUGGACCACUUCGUGGGCCUCAACUUCAACUCCAACUUCAACUUUGCACUAGUGGGUCAUCUGUUGAAAGGGUACAGACACCCCUCCCCCAACACAGUGGCGCGGACCAUCCGGAUCCUCCACACACUACUGGCCCUGGUGGGAAAACACCUCAACUGUGACAAGUUUGAGGUGAACACCCAGAGUGUGGCCUACCUGGCAGCUCUCCUCACUGUCUCGGAGGAGGUCCGGAGCCGCUGUAGCCUCAAGCACAGGAAGUCCCUGCUCCUCUCAGACGUUACCAUGGAGAAUGUUCCCAUGGACACGUACUCUGUGCACCACAGCGACCCCAGCUGCCGAACUCUUAGGGAGAGUCAGCCGUGGACGUCCCCCAAGGUGUCGGAGCGCUACUUAGUGGUCCACUACCCCACAGGGGGGCAGAUCAGCCCGCGCACACGGAAGUCCAUGAGCCUGGACAUGGGCCAGCCUUCCCAAGCAAACACUAAGAAACUGCUGGGCACUAGGAAGAGUUUUGAUCACUUGAUAUCAGACACUAAAGCACCAAAGAGGCCAGAGAUGGAGUCUGGAAUCACCACGCCUCCAAAGAUGAGGAGGGUGGCGGAGAACGAUUAUGAGUGUCCAGAAUCGACCCAAAGAAUCUCCCACCAUACCCUGAGGAAGGUGUCUGUGUCAGAGUCCAACGUGCUGCUGGAUGAGGAGGUCCUCACAGACCCCAAGAUCCAGGCCCUGCUGCUCACUGUCCUGGCUACGUUGGUGAAGAAUACAACAGAUGAGUUUGACCAGAGAAUCCUCUACGAGUUUUUAGCUGAAGCUAGUGUUGUCUUCCCUAAAGUCUUUCCAGUAGUUCAUAACCUGCUGGACUCAAAGAUCAACACCCUCCUAUCACUGUGCCAGGACCCUAACCUCCUAAACCCCAUCCAUGGCAUCGUGCAGAGUAUGGUUUACCACGAGGAGUCACCCCCCCUGUACCAGCCCUCCUACCUGCAGAGCUUUGGGUUUAAUGGUCUGUGGAGAUUCGCUGGGCCCUUCUCAAAGCAAACCCAGUUCCCAGACUACGCUGAGCUGAUAGUGAAGUUCCUGGAUGCUUUGAUUGACACGUAUCUGCCGGGGAUCGACGAGGAGACGAGCGAGGAGUGUCUGCGUACGCCCACGUCGCCCUACCCCCCGCCGGGCCAGAGCCAGCUCAGCAUCACAGCCAACCUCAAUCUCUCCAACUCCAUGACCUCACUGGCCACCUCCCAGCACUCCCCAGCUUCUCUGCCUUGCUCUAAGUCCGCCGUUUUCACCCCACACCUCGUCCGGCCAGGUAUUACAGCCCCUCGUCCCCAUGCUGCUCCUCACUCCCAGGCACACGGCACAGCCUCUCAGAGGCAUCGACAAGGAGAACGUGGAGCUCUCUCCGACCACGGGUCACAGCAACAGCGGACGCACACGCCAUGGUUCUGCCAGCCAGGUGCAGAAGCAGCGCAGCGCAGGCAGCUUCAAACGGCCCAGCAUCAAGAAGAUCGUAUGAGAGAUGCCCACCACUAGGACCCCCCCCCUACCAGGGCCGCCCAUGCCAGUCAUCAUGCUGCACUUCUACUCCAACUCUCUGGUCUUAUCGAUCUCUCUCUCUCUCUCUCUCGCUCAGCCUUGAUUUUCCUCAGUUUCCUUCUGUUGUUUUUCGCGUGUUUCUUUUCCCCUAACCCAUCCAGUCAGCCAUACUUGCUUGACGAUCAACAUAUAUUGAAGAACUGUCUGAAUAUGAUGUUUUGUUUGUGAAGCAGUCAGUGUCUGAGUCUGCCGUUGUUUCAUUUGGUCUUUUUGUGUCACAUAAUGAGCUACAUUGGAAUCCUUUUUUAAAAACAGCAUCCGUUGAAAGAAAGCACUGACAUUGACAACACUGCAGAAACUGUAGGGAUCAUAGUAUCUGAAGCCAUUUUGUUGUCUUGCUUCUUUUUUCUUGGUUGAAUUUUCUAUCAUAAUGACAAAGUAUAAUGAGAACCAUUUCUGUGAUUUGCACAACAUUCUGUGAUUCAACAUGCAUGUACAUGUGUUUGUUUUUUGCCUUUAAGUGUUGUUAGUAGAAGGACAUGUUUCUUCAAGCUGAGAGAGCUUUGACAAUGGGGCUGAAUUAGAUCAAAAUAUGAGCUGCAAAUGCCUCUCAUUGAGACAUGGACAUGACAAUAGAGAUUGGACCUUGGGACCCAGUGUUGAGGAAAGGGAUCCCUCUCACCCACCAUCACUGCAGAGGGAGAGCACUACCCUGAACCACACACACCAUUCUGGAGGAAAUCACUGAAAGCACUAAAACCAUCCUGUAUUUGCAACAUCUGUGAAAAGCAUGGCCAACAACAGACAUUAGUGGUUUACUGUGCUAUGGAGGUGGGGGCUGGAUGAUCAAUUUGCCCUGUUUGAGCUUUGUCAGGCACAAUCCAAUGAUGGCCAAGCCAUGUGUCUUCAUUGGUUAUUGAUUGUCCAAGCUGUGGGGAUUCCUCUUGAUUAGGCAGUAUUUUUAUUCUCACAUGAUGGAGUGCCAGAGAGGGUCAACUAGACAGGCCACUCUGGUGUUGGAGGACAGCAGUCCUGCAGGUGUCAGAACUUAAGCUUUUAAUCAGCACGCUGUUUACGUUUCACAACACUAUGUCAGGGAAAGUUGGGAAGGAAAAUCUGGAGGAAAAACAGGAAUAGACAAUGUCCUCCUAUGUUGGAAUGGACAUUGGAAAUCCGCCUUAGCUUUGAGAUUUGAAAUGUAUAAUAUCUAUAGUGGUAGUCUCAGUUGUAAUUGUCUCAUUCUUGCCCACACUUACUGUAAACACACAUAUAUAUGCACACACAACACACACUUGGGAGGUUGUUUUGUUCAUUGUGUGCCUUUUCUAGGGUUUUCGUGUGUGUGUGUGUGUGUGUGUGUGUAUCGUGUGUAUCUAUACAGUACCAGUCAAAAGUUUGGCCUCACCUACUCAUUCAAGGGUUUUUCUUUAUUUUUUACAAUUUUCUACAUUGUAGAAUAUUAGUGAAGACAUCAACACUAUGAAAUUACAAAUGGAAUCAUGUAGUAACAAAAAAGUGUUAAACAAAUCAAAAUAUAUUUUAUAUUUAAGAUUCUUAAAAGUAGCCACCCUUUGCCUUGAUGACAGCUAUGCACACUCUUGGCAUUCUCUCAACCAGCUUCACCUGGAAUGCUUUUACAAUACUCUUGAAGGAGAUGCUUAGCACUUUUUGGCUGCUUUUGCUUCACGCUGUGUUCUAACUCAUCCCAAACCAUCUCAAUUGGUUUGUGGUUGGGUGAUUUGUGGAGGCCAGGUCAUCUGAUGCAGCGCUCCAUCACUCUCCUUGGUCAAAUAGCCCUUACACAGCCUAGAGGUGUGUUUUGGGUCAUUGUCCUGUUGAAAAACAAAGGAUAGUCCCAUUAAGCGCAAACCAGAUGGGAUGGCGUAUCGCUGCAGAAUGCUGUGGUAGCCAUGCUAGUUAGUAAUUCUAAAUAAAUCACUGACCGUGUCACCAGCAAGCCAUCCCCACACCAUUACACCACCUCCAUACAUCACAGUGGGAACCACACAUGCAGAGAUCAUCUGUUCACCUACUCUGCGUUUCAAAAAGACACGGCGGUUGGAACCAAAAAUCUCAAAUUUGGACUCAUCAGACCAAAGGACCGAUUUCCACCAGUCUAAUGUCCGGUAUUCUUUAGUAGUGUUUUCUUUACAGCAAUUUGACCAUGAAGGCCUGAUUUCACGCAGUCUCCUCUGAUCAGUUGAUGUUGAGUUAUGUCUGUUACUUGAACUCUGUGAAGCAUUUAUCUGGGCUGCAAUCUGAGGUGCAGUUAACUCUUAAUGAACUUCUCUGCAGCAGAGGUAACUCUGGGUCUUCCUUUCCUGUGGCGGUCCUCAUGAGAGCCAGUUUCAUCAUUGUGCUUGAUGGUUUUUGAGACUGCACAUGAAGAAACUUUCAACGUUCUUGAAGUUUUCCAGAUUGACUGACCUUCAUGUCUUAAAGUAAUGAUGGACUGUUGUUUCUCUUUGCUUAUUUUGAGAUGUUCUUGCCAUAACAUGGACUUGGUAUUUUACUAAAUAGGACUAUCUUCUGUAUACUACCCCUACCUUGUCACAACACAACUGAUUGGCUCAAAUGCAUUAAGGAAAACAAUUCCACAAAUUAAGUUAACAAGGCACACCUGUUAAUUGAAAUGCAUUCCAGGUGACUACCUCAUCAAGCUGGUUGAGAGAAUGCCAAGAGUGUGCAACGCUAUCAAGGAAAAAGGUGGCUACUUUGUAGAAUCUCAAAUGUUAAAUAUAUUUAGAUUUGUUUUAACACUUUUUUGGUUACUACAUGAUUCCAUGUGUUAUUUCAUAGUUUUGAUGUCUUCACUAUUAUUCUACAAUGUAGGAAGUAUUUAAAAUAAAGAAAAACCCUUGAAUGAGUAGGUGUGUCCAAACUUUUGACUGAUACAGUAUAUAAACACACACACAAUACCUUAUGAUACAAGUAUACAGUCAUUACUAAUCAGCUGCCUGACAAUAAUGAACCUGUAUGGUUAAAUAUUGUAAAACAUUGUUAACAUUCGGUACCUCUUGUCAAAUAAGUAUUCAAACAGAAAGUCCAUGACUCUAGGGACCAGAGUUGCUGAGGGUUUGCAUCUACAAAUGUUGCACCUGUAUUUAAGACAAUGAAAUAUUGAAGUCACAACAGUAUUGUUUUCAGUUAGCUCUUUGUUUUGUGAAAAUUGGUGCCAAUUAUGUUCCAGGAUCAAAAGCUAAAGUAAAUCUGUCCCUGUUCAUGAUGUAAAUAGUAAAAUAAUGUAAGGUAAUUACAAUCAAAUUGUAUUGGUUGCAUACACAAUGAUAUAGUUAUGAAUUAUUUUAGAAUUUAAUUUAAUUGCAAAAUAAAUAUUUAAUUUGAAAGAUUAGAAAUAUUAAAUAAGUAAUAAGGCACACGGAGGUGUAGUAUAUGGCCAAUAUACCAUGGCUAAGGGCUGUUCUUACGCACGAUGCAACGCUGAGUGCCUGGAUACACCCCUAGCCGUGGUAUUUUGGCCAUAUACCAUAAACCCGAGGUGCCUUAUUGCUAUUAUAAAUUGGUUACCAACGUAAUUAGAGCAGUAAAAUAAAUACUUUGUCAUACCCAUGGUACAGUAUACGGUCUGAUAUACCACGGCUUUCAGCCAAUCAGCAUUCAGGGCUCGAACCACCCAGUUUAUAGUAAAAAAUAACCUAUGGUAGUAAUCACCUCAUGACACAUAUCUACUGAAUAGUGUUUUCCAUGUUUAAAAUUAGCCUACUGAAAUGCUGCCAAAAAAAAGCAUUGUGAGGGAUUGAGACUAUUGUCAGACAGUCUGUUCUGAGAACUAUGUGUAUUGGGAGUAAAGCUGUACAGGGUGUUACUGGCCCUUCUUGCCAUUGUCUUCCCUCAUUCGUCGAUAGUGUGGCACUUGUAAAGGUAUAGGCAUAGGGGUCAGUCCCAUGAUGCAGUGUGGCAGGCCCUGGGAUGCUGCACCAAAGACUAGCUUGCAGUAGCGAAAGGAAAAUCAAACCUGUUCUGUAGUUUUAUCAUUUUUGACUAUCUCUGAGCCUUUUCAGUUGGUCCGAUAUGUAUUGCACAGAUAGACUGAACGUGUGGCAAACAAUAGAGACUUCCCUUUCUGUAACAACAAGGUGCAGUUUGUUGAGCAGCACAGGAGUCCUCUGGUUACACCUUUCAAUUUGUUGUGGAGACUGGUUCCUCAUUUCUGCUGUUUGAGGUUACCAGUGCCAUACAUUGAGUCCAAGUCAUGGUUGUUUUGGAUGCUUGUGCCAACUCCUUCAGAAUGUUUUUUUGUAAAUGACUUGUUAUCAUAAUGAUUAUCCUGGGGUAAAACACAAUUCCAUGAGAUGUUUUUUGACUUGCCUUUGCUGAGGAGAGCAUGUGCAUUAUGUACACUGAGUAGGAGUUGGUGUAUAGAGAUAGGAGGGAGGAUAUGAAGACUUGACAGUUUAAAAAAACACUAGUGUUUUACUGGCCAUUUAGUUUGUCCCAUACAUCCAGCCAUCUUAACAAUCAACAACCAUGCUCAAACAUACAUUUGUUUUCCUAUUCUAUUAAUCUGGUUUAGAUUUGACAUGAUGACCACAAGAAAAUGAACAAUGUGCACACUUAGUUGUUUUUUCCAAAUUCAAAGUGUGUUGGUGCUGUUGAGAGGUAAUGAACCUUGUGUGAUGAAGUUGAACUCCAUGCCUGGAUUUUGUUUACAAAUGUUUUAUUAUACUUGAAUCAGGAGGAUAUGUCCAGAAGAAGCAGUUCCACAUCAUGGAAAGGGAAAAAAAAGAUUUAAAGAUAAAAUGGAGCAAGUUUACCAAACGUAAUCAACAAGAUUUCAAAAGAUCUAGUGUGAAGGAAACCAAAGUUAAGGAACGGCAAUAUAGUACAAACAAACUCUAAAACUACUGUGUAUUGAUAAAGUCCUCUGAGAAGUCCAAUAAACUAACCCACAAAUAACAGUUUGCUUUUUUUAUGGGAAUGAGAGAUGAUACAACUAGUGAAAGAGAGAUGGACCAAGCUAUGAAUCAAUGCUUUUUAGUCAAAAUCGCAGCUUUCGUCAUCAUGCACUAUGAUGUGUGUAUCGUGAAGGUAUCGGUUAUUUAGUUCUGUCCUCAUCAGACUUUUAGGAACUGUACAGAUCUAUUUCAAGCGCAUAUGCUUUGAAGAGUGAACCCAACCAACUGUUUCUAUUUGAUAUUUCUUUAUUUGACAGUGUAUAGCAGGCGGACAGAACACUGAUAACCCUAUCUUCAAUAGACCCCUUCUCAGUGUCUCAUCUGAAAGGUUAGGCUGGAGGGAAUGUUUUUGCCUUGGUUUUACUCAAUGGAAAUGUGCCACUUUAAAGAACUGAAAGGAAUGAAUUCACAUACAAUGUGUCCUAAAUUGAAUGAAUUGAACAUGUCUGUACUUGAAGGCUCUAACAUUUAUUUGCAGCAGCAUAGGAGAGAGAGUAUAUAGAUAUCAGUUAACCACUUUGAUCAAUGCAAAGGAUAAAACAAUGUAAAAAUGUAUUUUCUCUUUAAACGUUGCUUUUAAUAUACAGGAAUGGCCAUUUGGACUUCCUUUCAAAAUGGUAAAGCAUAGAAAUGAAAAAGUUUUAGAUGCAGAGCACCCCCACCACCUGUUAUCACACUAAUACCAGAGGAAAGUGUGGGAGCAGACACUUGUCUCUGAAAGGCAGACUGAGCUCUCUGUAAAUGUGUUGUUGGUUUUCAUGAUUCUCAACUGAAGUCAAUUGUGUCUUGCGCUGGUGUGAUAUCUCCUAAUUUGGCACAUUUCAAGGUUAUGCAAAAUAUUUUUAACCACUGGCCACAGUUUUACUGUUUCUUUCCCUCAUUUUUUUACACAGUAAGCUCCACCUCUGUAAAUAAUUUUGUGUAAAAAUUGACAAAGGUAUAUUUACUACACUGUAAAUACAUGUGAUGAUAUAUUGUAUUAUUUAGCUUUUUGUAAAGCAGUUAGUUGCUGUACAUGUAAAACAUACAAAUUGAAUUAUUCUAGUGUUAGUAAUGAUGACCUCUCCAUCAUGUCACUGCAUUGUCAUUAACUAUAUUGAGGAAAAUAAAAGGUUCAAAUCGAGGAUAUAGAUGACUGUGUACUCUAAACCUCCACUGUAUGAUAUAGGUUGCUGUCCUCAUCUGACAUUUACAGAUGUUGCCCUAAUAAAUAAUUUCUGUCUGA